AUGCGACAUACCACCUAUGCAUUGGUGAAAACUCGUAAGGACACUAAUGCUUAUAACGAUCGUAUUCGGAGCAGUUCGCCGGAAGACGAACGACGCCUCAAUGGCAACGACAACGACAACGACGAAUGUGACGACGAUGAUGUCGACAUCGACGGUGACGGCGAUAGCGGAGGCGGAAGCGGAGUGCUCGAGACGAGACGUGGUCUCAGCCCGGAGCGCGAUCGUCCCGACUACAUGAGCCGCGAUCGAAAGGUCUCCUUCAGCACCGCACCGAUACCAGUGUACUGUACGCAUUCAGUGGAUGAGUAUGAUCGAAAAAACGAAGAUAUUGAUCCGGUUGCAAGUUGUGCUGAAUACGAAUUAGAAAGACGACUUGAACGUAUGGAGUUGUUCGAUGUGGUACUCGAAAAAGGACCAGAAGGCCUUGGAGUGUCAAUUAUUGGUAUGGGAGUUGGAGCUGACUCUGGACUCGAAAAAUUGGGUAUCUUCGUUAAGAAUAUCACUCCUGGUGGAGCUGUGCACAGGGAUGGUCGAGUUCGAGUAUGCGAUCAAAUCGUAUCAGUUGACGGCAAAAGCUUAGUCGGUGUUAGUCAACUUUAUGCCGCUGAAACUCUUCGGGCUACAUCGAAUCGAGUUCUGUUCACUAUCGGUCGAGAGCCGAAUUUGGAAGAAUCCGAGGUGGCACAAUUGAUCCGCCAAUCACUGGAAGCGGAUCGCUCACGACUCGUUACCGACGAAGGUGAAGAGAGUCAGCCCGAAGAAGGUGAACAGCCGCCGACUGCCCGAAGUAUGGAUGAAUCUGAGAUUAGGGUAAGCACGAAAAAUCAAAUUGCAAGAAUAACUGCACUCGAACUGGAACUGGAAAUGUCGCAAAAGAAAGCCGAUCAAAUGCAUCAAGUAUUGGACAGCACUAAGUCACAUUACGAUCAGCUUGAAAAGAAGUACGAUCAAGCUAAUCAGCUAUUACGAAACUAUCAAGAAAGAGAGAAAGAACUUCUUUCACGUGAGGAGAAUCACGUCGAGCAACUUCGUGACAAAGAUGCGCAUUACACACAUCUCGUUGCUCAACUUAAGGAACGUAUCGAUGAACUUGAGGCAAAACUUGAAGAGAUGGAUCAACGACGGCUAUCUAUCACCAACAACGAACUGUCAGAAUUGAAGGAAAAGCUUAAGGACAAAAUAGAGAAGCGCGAUGAGGGUUUGGCGUAUAAACCCGGCGGUGAGCUUCCACACGAAGAUAAAGCUGUGAUGGCAAAUAUGGACGCUAAGGAACUGAAAACGACCACCAUCAACAACAACCACAUUACGGUAAGACGUUCAGUAGAAAAAUUAAUUAGGGCUUUAGGAUCUCAUGAGAAAUUGACCAUCAGGAAAUUCUUGAUAUUCUUGUCGAGCAAACACGAGGUGUUACCUAAUUCUUUAUUGCGUUGA